ACUGCUGCGUACGAACAAACGGGCAUGAAAAGCCUCAUGGUGAACUGCGGCGCAAAACUAAAGCUCAUCGAGGACUCAAACCUAUUGAUUUCAAGAAAGCAGAUAAAGUCAAAGUUCUGGCUGGAGAACACAGCGCUGCCGAGUUUGGACUCUAAAACAGUAUUCGGGUACGAGGAUGAGGAAAGUUUUACCCCUGGCAGGUUUGCGAGGAAGGAAGCUAGCCUGAACAUCACAAUUCCGAGCGUGGGCAUUGAUUCCAGUUUCGGCUUUUCUAAGGCUACCCGGGAGCCAGGGAGCUCGGCGGGUACAAUGGCAGCCCUUACUGUGUGGGCAUGGCGAGAUCCAAAGACACCGGGUCUGAAUCUGAACUUCAAAAUGACAGCCAACAAACGUACGCACUAUGUGUUCGCCCUUCUACGGUAUCCCGGAAAGCUUGAUCACAGCCUGACCAGUGUAGUCGACAUGAAAGCGCGACAGCACAUUCUCAACAUCACCCGCUGGUCGCAACCGAUUUUAAACGCGGAGACCAGCUCCUAUCAACUGCAGAUGAGUGUUGAAGUUGGCAAUGGUCUGCGCCAAUUGGAAUUGAAUCAGACCUGCAUCACAAUGGGUACUGUUCCCUCGACUCUCUAUACUACCAAUGUCAGUAUGGUUCUAAUGCCAGACAGGAAGAUUAACGGUAGAGCGCUGUUGGACAUACGUCAGCUACCCUGGUGGAUUAUUGCCAAUCCGACUGCCGGAAAGUCCAACAGGCUGACCGCGAAGUUGAAUCGAGAUGGCAGCAGGUCAUUGCGUUGUUCGCUAGAGGGCGAGGCCGCUGACAGCAGUACAAUGAAGUUCAAGUUCAAGGCGGAUAAACAGGAGACCGCGGCGGGUGAUGUGUCAGUCAUGCUGGCCGUUGUACCGGGUCAACCCACUGAGACCUUUAAGGGCAUCUUCUACAAGUCCACUUCGCAGUACGCUUUUACAGAGUCGGAACACGCCUGCAGCCACGAGGGUGAAUGGAACGGUAACCGGGGCUAUGCUCCGGGUAUGCCUUUCCGUUUCGGCGUCCAGUACAAGCACCAACCAGAUUUUCGGCAGGGCAGCAUUAACGUCUACGCAGAAGACACCAACCUUGGCAAGGCGACCGACUUUGAGCUGGCGGAAGCUCUCUAUGAGUACAGCGUCAAGGGCCCAGACGGCGGUGUCAGAAACGAUGGAGUCUACCAGCUGAGCAGUGAAUACAUGCUGAACUGGCGGCGUUACCUCAGUCGCGGCGUUGCGGGCACCCAGGGCUUUCUGAACGCCAACCUGAGCCGAGACUUCAUGCAGGGUGACCUCAGCUUUAGCACCCAUCUCACUGACUUUGCACAGUCCAGUCUAGAGGUCAGUAUGAACUACGUGAAGAAGGAGAAGAAUCUUCUGGUGACCUCCAAUGCGCAACUAGAGGGCAGUCCUGUCUACAUAGCGGAGUUAACUGUGGAGGAGAGUGGCGACAACCGGACAGUUGAUUUUUUCUUGGAGACUACUAAAACUGCCGAGGUGAAAGCCGCCAAUCUGACCGCCCCAUGCAGCUCGCCCGAGGAUAUUAAUCAAGCGUGUCCACUGACCUACCAACCGGCCCCACGCAUCUCAGCCAAGCACUUUCUUCAAGUCUCCUUUAUAGACGGACUGCGCCAGACUCAGUUGAAAUCCAAUCUCUUAAAGGACCCGAUUUUCAUUGAGACAAGCAAAACUGAUGAGAGUGAGGCUGUUGCCAUCUAUCGCGGGCUGCUUGAAGAUCGCAGCGAUCCCAUCGCAAUAGCCUCAUACGAGCUGGCUUACAGCGGACCACAGGAGUCCAAACGCCAGCUGCGCUUGGAAAAGGGUGGAAAGGUCUACACUGUCAGCGAUCUGCGAACAGUAGGCGAACUGCAGGUUCAACACGGUAUGUUACCUUUCGUGCGAUAUUGA